GGCUGUGGAGCAUUCAUCGUGUAAAGUUUUUCCACGUAUUUGAACAAUAACGAAAAAACUUCCUUUGUAUCAAUAUUUUUGUCUAGGAUUGUAGCUAGUUUUUGCCUGAGCUGCAAAUUAGUUGGUCAACUCACUCUCAUUUCAGAUCUUUUAAAUGAUCAGAGUGUAAUUGCGGGAUAGCGGGAUGGUUUAACAUAUACUGAAAUACCAACACUUAUAUAAUAAUGAGAUUGAAAGUAUCACAAUAUCGAUUUUAAUAAUUAGAUGAAACAUGUCAUAAAUUUUCACGGAAUUCAUUUUAAUUGUAAUGACUUCUUUGUGCCACGACCUUUAAAAGGGUUAAUUACAUGUAAAUAAAAGAAAUACUAAACGAGAUCAGUUUGCUUUCAUUAAACUUUCUUUAUUAAACAGAAAGUUGCUUUCAUUAAAAAUUAUUCAUUAAAUAGAAAGUUUUUUUUUAAAGCUGUGACAGUGAUUAAAUGUAAAAACCUUUAUAGAACUGUCAAUGAUGUAAAGUUUAUAUUACAUGUUAAAUUGCUGUUGUGUAUCUCUGUUAAGUUCUGGAUUGAGAUGAUAAAAUUUACAAGCAUUUGUAUCAGCUUGGUAUUUUGUUUUUAUUUUGUGAAGACAAUAGAAGUAUACAGAGCAAUCAGGGAUGUAAUACAAAACGUGAAAGAGAAUGAAUGUAAUAAUAUUCAUGAUACGAUAUGGGUAGAAAGAAAAAAUGUCAGAGGCCACUGUAGUUGCAACAAAUUGCACAGAACUUUUAAAAUUGUUAAUGAUGUACCUGGUUGUUUUUCUUAUGAAGAGAUUUCACCAGAAUGCGACGGCCAUAUUCUGAUUGCACAAUAUCCAGGAGGUGAAUUGAAUGGUGAAAUUAGCCAUGACAUAAACAUAACUAACUCUUGUCAUAAGUCAAUAAUGUUGUGGAAUUACACUGCCUCGUUGUGGGAGCUUCUAGAUUCAAUCGUUGACGUUACUACAGAAUAUAGAAGUGCACAACUUGACAAGAUUUCUUUUCAGUUUGAUCCUGUGCGAAAAGUCGAAGGAAGAUUAAUGAAGUUAAAUUCUGUUUGUGGUUAUGUGUCCUGUUACAUUCUGAAAAUUUUGGGGACGCAUAUUUAUAAUACAAUUUCACCACCAUUAACAUCACCAACGGAAUCGACAACAAGACCUACAAUGAAGAUUUCUACGAUGUCGACAGUCAAGACAAUGACAUCAGAGGCAAUUGCGACACUAACAACGAGGACUAAAACUGCAAAUCCCUCAACAGAUGCAUCAGGCAAAAACACAACUGAAAGAAUGUCAUUGACCACAAUAUCAAAAUUUUCAAGAACAUUAAAUAAAAAUGCGAACAAAAAUAACAUGACGGUUAUUAUAGGUGCGGUCAGUGGUGUAAUCCUAAUCCUCUUCAUCUGGGCAAUUACGAUUGUUUUACGGCGAAGAAAAUUAAACAGAAGUAAGGCAUCCACACCUGCGGUGAAUAAUGCCGCAUAUAUGAUAAAGAAUCAACACAGCGCGCCAGCAAAUGACUAUGACUACGCCACACCAGAUCUACAGAUGGUUUCACAUUCACAAAAUCAAAGGAGUGACAAGUCGACAGAUAAUGUUUAUAAAGAAUUGGACAUUGCAAAUGGAACUAAUGACCGAGAAUAUUCCCAAUUGUCAUACCGCAAUAACGGUGAAACUUUCGAACAUAAGAAUGAUAUGUUUAACGAGCCGUUGUAUUUUGAAACUGAGAUAGAGACUGGCGAAAUUGAUGAACAUGUUCUGUCAAAUACAUCUGAACCUGUAUAUGUGGAAACUGUGCCGGAAGAAUAAGUUUAACGAUAACAUGUAAUAUCAUGUGACACACGCUAAAAAUUGAUGUUGGAUAAUAUGUGUGGAUAAAUAAUUUAAGUGAAAAUACAGGUGAUAUUGUUAAUAAAAUAUAAUUAACCUUUAGUGACGUUUCUUGUUUCUAUUUCAUAGUUUGUCCAUGUAAGUAAGAUGACACCAGUAUCGACCCAAUUGUUCAAUAUUUUUGUGUAGGAUUGUAGCUACUUGUUGUUGCACCUGCACUUAAUAGGCCUCUGACUCUGACUCCGUUUUUCUAAAUGAUCUAAGCGUUGGCAAGCUGUUCAUUAAAUUUUGGUUUUAAAUUUACAAGCAAACAUUAUAUAAAACAUGCAGUUGGAUAUCUCAAGCGGCUGGAUGGUUUAACAUAUACCAAGAUACGAGAACACUUAUAUAUUAAUGCAAUUGAAGGUAUCACAAUAUCGAUUUCAAUAAUUAGAUGAAACAUGUCAUGAAGUUCCACGGAACAUUUAUUUUAAUUGUAAUGACUUCCUUGUGCCACGACCUUUGAAACGGUCAAUUGCAUGUUAGUAAAAGAAAUACUAGUAUAGACCAAUUUCCUUAUAUUGAAGUUUCUUUAUUACACAGAAAGUUUUGUUUGCGACAGUGAUUAAAUGAAAAAACUUUAUAAAACUAUCAAUGAUGUAAAGCUUAUAUCAUUUGUUAAAUUGCUGUUCAGUAUCUUGUUAAACUCUGGAUUGAGAUGUGAAAAUAUACAAGCAUUUCUAUCAGCUUUGUGUUUUAUUUUUACUUCGUGAAGACAAUAGUAGUAUACAGAGCAAUCAGGGAUGACAUACACAACGUGACCGAGAAUAAAUGUAACAAUAUUCAUGAUACGAUAUGGGAAGAAACAAAAAAUGUCAGGGGCUACUAUAGAUGCAACAAAACUGCACAGAACUUUCGAAAUUGUUAAUGAUGUACUUUGUUAUUUUUCUUAUGAAAAUAUUUAACCAGGUGGAUAUUUUCUUAACA